AUGGAGCUGAAUGAGCAGGGUAUUUCUGAGCCAAAGGAUGACAAAAAUCCUGAGCCAAAAAGAAAGAAUCCCACUAGAAAAGUGAGAGAACCCAAACACACACCAUCCAGACCCACAAAGCAUGCUUCCAAACCACUUUCCAAAAGCCCCAAACAUCAAUCUUCCACCCAAAGAGCUGUUGUAACACCUGCUGUAUCAACAACUGUUGGUACUUCAGUGGUUUCAGCAGGUGUUAGACCAAAAACCACCACCUCAACUACAACCACUGCCCCACCAAACAUUCCAUCACCACCAAGGCAACCAUCACCUCCUGCUAAAAUGCAGAAGACUUCUACUGACACAUCAGUAGUUGUAAUGGCAACAUCGAUUGAAACACCAGUUGUUUCAACUGCUGUUAGUCAGUCACCUAUCACUUCCAUCAUCACCUUUCAAUCGACUAUCACACCAAAAUCAACACCACCUAAAAAACCACCUGCUCAAGAGCAGAAGACAUCUGCUGACACAUUAGUAGCUCUAAUGACAACAGUAGAUGAAACACCUGUUGUCUCAACACCUGUUAGUCAAAACACCACCACUACACUCCAAGUCAUAUUCACUCCAAUUAAAAAACCACCAACAAACACUUCUUCACCAAAUAAAAUUUACACCAGAAAAAGCAAAUUUCAGUCAAAAGAUGAAGAUGUAUCAGCACCCGUUCCUCUUUCAUCUGUACCCUACAAUGUGAUUCCACCACAACCAUUCAUUCCACCAACUCUAGCCAAUCCAAUAAAAGAUCUAAAAAUUCUUGAAGGCUAUAACCCUGCUAAUAUUACUCCAAUAGCUGCAACUUACCCACUGGAAUUGGAAGCUGUAAAGAAUGAAAUGAGACAAUUCUACACAGAGGAUGAUUCUUCAAAAAGAAGAUUUCCUUCUCUCAUAGGCUUCAGAGAUCCAGCAAACAUGGAUGAGUAUCUAAAACUCAAAGCCAGGCAAGCUGAUAUGAGAGCUAGAUUUGAAUGUAAAGAUCAAGGUGACAAAGCUAUUUCUGAAAGAAUGCAAUUCUUGCUCACUAAAGUUAGACAAAUGGAAGACUAUGCAAGAGACCUGAGCAAAGAAAUGUCUAAUCUGCCACCUGAAGCUGACCUACAAAAGGAAAUGAGAAAGGAUUAUCUUGCAUUCAUUAUGAAAGAAAAAUUCUAUCCAGCUAAAGAAGAACAGUUCAGUGAAUGGCCACUCAUUGCUUUAAAGCAUGAGGUGAACAGAAUUGAGAGGAUAAAAAAUGAUCCAGGUAUGAAAAGGUCAGCACCAAACUAG